AUGCGGCGCGUAACAAGAUCCGAUCUCGCAAAAGAAAAGAUCUUUGAACAGCGACGGGAAGCGGAACACGUGCGAGGGACAGCGAUUAGUGCGUGGUGGUCUGGUUGGUCUUCUGAGGGACAGCCUGGAUCGAUACAUGCCUUGGGCAUCAAACAUCGCUCGGAUGCUCGUCCUCGAGCUGAAGCUCAUUACUCAGGAACAAACGAGCGCUUAGUGUUGCUUACAUGCAGUUAA